GUCGCCUCCCGCAGUCGGGAAGGGGGAAGAAGGGGAGGAUGGAGCCGGGGAAGGAGACGCGGGCGGCCGCGGGGGAGAAACCCGGCGAGGCCGAGCCGGCGGUGUCCUUCCAGGCGCGGCUGUGGAAGAACCUGCAGCUGGGGGGCAAAGGCCGGAGCGGCGGCGGGCGGGCGGGAGCCGACCGCCGCAGUGCGGACCCCCCCGCCCCGGCGCCCGGCGCCAAGGGGGACCUACCGCCCGGCGGGAAGCGGAGCGGCUUCAAGCGACGGCGGCAAGUGCUGGACCGCGUCUUCUCCUCCUCCCAGCCCAACCUCUGCUGCUCGGCCGCCGAGCCCCUGGAGCCCGGCGGGGAGCCCGGCUCCGCCCUGCGCCGCCUGAGGGAGCACCUGCUCCCCCAGGGCAAGGGGCCGCCGCCCGGCCGCCGCGAAGAGCCGGCCGCCGGCGAUGAGGGGCCCAAAGGCGGGAAGGAAGGGCGGAGGCCCGGAGCGCACCUGUCCCACCAGAAAAGCUCCUCGCUGCCCAGCACCGCCUGCCUGGAGCAGCUGCUGCAGGGCUCGCCCACCGCCGGCCGGAGGAAGGAGCAGCGGGCGGAGGGCGGCGAGAGGACAAACUUGGUCGGAACGAGUAAUGCGGAUUUUCCCUCUGGGGAUCCCGGAAUGUACCAGUUGGACGUUACUCUAAGAAGAGGACACAAUUUAGCGGCACGGGACCGUGGAGGAACCAGUGAUCCGUACGUCAAGUUUAAACUUGGAGGAAAAGAAGUAUUUAGAAGUAAAACAAUACACAAGAACCUCAAUCCAGUGUGGGAAGAAAAAGCUUGCAUUCUUAUAGAUAACCCAAGAGAACCGUUGUAUAUAAAGGUCUUUGACUAUGACUUUGGACUUCAAGAUGACUUUAUUGGUUCAGCAUUUUUGGAUCUCACUUCACUGGAAUUAAACAGGCAAACAGAUGUUACGUUGAGCCUGAAGGAUCCUCAUUACCCUGACCAUGACCUGGGAAGUAUAUUGUUAUCAGUUCUGUUGGCUCCUAGAGAAGAACAGCGAGAAGUGACAAUGCUAAUGAGGAAGAGUUGGAAAAGAUCAAGUAAGUUUCAGACCCAGAGCUUACGUCUCUCAGACCUGCACAGAAAAUCUCAGCUAUGGAGAGGGAUAGUUAGUGUUACCUUGAUAGAAGGUCGUGAACUGAAGGCGAUGGAUGCAAAUGGACUGAGCGAUCCUUAUGUGAAGUUCCGGCUGGGGCAUCAGAAGUACAAGAGCAAGAUUGUGCCAAAAACUUUGAAUCCUCAGUGGAGAGAGCAGUUUGACUUUCAUCUCUAUGAAGAACGAGGUGGAAUUAUUGAUAUUACCGUGUGGGACAAAGAUGCUGGCAAAAAGGAUGAUUUUAUUGGCAGGUGCCAGGUUGACCUGUCGACCCUGAGUAAAGAACAAACCCACAAGUUGGAGAUGCCGCUGGAGGAGGGAGAGGGGUGCCUGGUGCUGCUGGUCACUCUCACAGCCUCAGCUGCCGUCACUAUCUCUGACCUCUCCGUCAACUCCCUGGAGGACCAGAAGGAGCGAGAGGAGAUACUGAAGAGAUAUAGUCCAAUGAUGAUGUUCCGUAACAUGAAGGAUGUAGGAUUUCUUCAGGUGAAGGUCAUCAGGGCAGAAGCAUUGAUGGCAGCUGAUGUCACAGGUAAAAGUGACCCAUUUUGUGUAGUUGAAUUGAACAAUGACAGACUGCUGACCCAUACCGUCUACAAGAACCUCAAUCCAGAAUGGAACAAAAUCUUCACAUUCAAUAUUAAAGACAUCCACUCGGUGCUUGAAGUGACAGUUUAUGACGAAGACCGCGAUCGGAGUGCUGACUUUCUAGGCAAAGUUGCUAUACCGUUGCUGUCUAUUCAAAAUGGUGAACAGAAAGCCUACGUCUUGAAAAACAAGCAGCUGACAGGGCCAACAAAGGGGGUCAUCUAUCUUGAAAUAGAUGUGAUUUUUAAUGCUGUGAAAGCCAGCAUACGAACCUUAAUGCCCAAAGAACAGAAGUACAUUGAAGAGGAAAACAGACUGUCUAAGCAGCUACUGUUAAGAAACUUUAUCCGGAUGAAGCGUUGUAUCAUGGUGCUCAUAAAUGCCGCCUACUACAUUAGCAGUUGCUUUGACUGGGAUUCUCCCCCAAGAAGUCUCGCUGCUUUUUUGCUUUUUCUUUUUGUGGUCUGGAACUUUGAGCUCUACAUGAUACCACUGGCUUUGUUGUUGCUGCUGGCAUGGAACUACUUCUUGAUCGUAUCAGGGAAAGAUAACAGGCAACAUGAUACAGUAGUGGAGGACAUGCUAGAGGACGAGGAAGAAGAGGAUGACAGAGAUGACAAGGACAGUGAAAAAAAAGGAUUUAUGAAUAGACUUUAUGCCAUCCAGGAGGUGUGUGUCAGUGUCCAGAAUAUUCUUGAUGAAGUGGCUUCCUUUGGAGAAAGGAUCAAGAAUACAUUCAACUGGACUGUCCCGUUCCUGAGCUGGCUGGCGAUUGUUGCCCUCUCCGUGUUCACCAUCAUCCUGUAUUUCAUUCCCCUGAGAUACAUUGUCCUUGUCUGGGGCAUCAAUAAAUUUACAAAGAAGCUUCGAAGUCCAUAUGCAAUUGAUAACAAUGAGCUACUCGACUUUCUGUCCAGAGUUCCUUCAGAUGUGCAAGUGGUGCAAUACCAUGAACUGAAACAAGAUCCCAGUCACAGCCCGAGCAAGAGGAAGAAAAACAAUCCUGGCUAGCCAACUUCACGUGUUGAGGAGCGUAGCAUCUGCUGGGGGAAGAUAAAAGAAAAAGCCUACGGCCUAAGCAACAUUUCCUUUCUCUGAGCUUUUUAUUUAUUUUGCCUUUUUAUCUAAUGCGGAGAUUUUGUAAAUAUUGUAAAAAGGCAUUUCUCAUUGAAGAUAUAUUUCACACUGUAAAGACACAUUUGACGAAGGUUUCGAGUAGGGUUUUUGCCGUUUGGAAGCCUUGUUAGAAACAGCAUAGCGCAUUAGAAGAAUCGAUCCAAAAUGGUAAAUAUGUACUGCUACUUGAUGGUCACAGUUACCUGAAAUACUCAAAUCAUGCCGACUAAAUCUACAAAAGGUGUAAAUUUAAAUCUGACACAAAAAUUCCGUCAGAUUUUAUCUGUGAGCAUUAAUAUUUUUAUCCAGUAAGUCACCAUUACAAUUUUCUAUGUUUUAUACAUUUCAAGAGAAAUACGAUGUAGUAGAGCCUACUGCACUUAAGUUUUAGUAGAUUUUUUUGAACUCCAGACCCUGAUGUUAACUCCUGGUGCAAUGUUUUCCUGUGCAGUGGGGCUGCUUAUAAGAUAAUGAGAAACACCAAGUGCAAAUCUUUUCCUGGAGCUCCCAAAAGAAGUUCCUGCCGUUUUUAUCAUUCCAUUAUAAGACCUAAAAAUCUCUGUCUCUCUCAAAAUACUGCCAGGUUUGUAACUGAUUGCCUAUCUGAUUUUUCUAUAUGUACCAGUAAUCUUCAUUUGUACUACAUAGUUUAGUGAAUGAAGUUCAUAGUUCUGCUGUGAUGGAAAUACUAUCAGACGAACUCCAUAUUGCUUUGGGUGUCAUGCUAUGAACACCUUUUGUGCACAUAACUAUUUUAACAUGGAAAUCUUGCAGGAAGUGUUUUUGCUUUCAAAUCACAAGGUCGUAUUAAUACGCUUUAUGAUAUUACACAUUACCUGUUACCAAUGUGAAAUAUAGUGUAGAGGAAAAAAUGCAGUUGUGGUAAAACUGAUUGAUAUACCGGUUUUAUUUCCUUAGUUAAUAAUGUAGUCAGUUCUUCUGAUACAAUUGUGCCCUACUGCAUGGAAACUGCGUUAUUUUAUAAAUUACAUGGAACAUAGACGGAGAAACGUUUACAUUUCAAAUGUCUUAGUGGCCACUGCAUAACGAGUACUUGGGGAUAUAUUCUGACAGCUGCAUGUAGACUUCCACGCUCAGCUCCCCGCGUAGUGAGCAGAGAUUUCAUUCCUAAGGGAGUACCCGUGCACAGCUCUUGGUCGUAGCUCCCGGUGAUGUUAAAGGGGAUUUUUGCCCAGGGGAGAACAGCAGGACUGCAUCCUCGAGGGGAGGUGUUCCUGUGGUCCCCUCUGGGUUACCUCUCAUUGGUUGCAAUUGAUGAUAAAGUUAUAUUGCACUACUCUAACAAUACUUUUUGAAAAUACUAUUUAGAAAUACUUUGCAAGCAGAUGUAUAUAUAUUUGUCUAAAGAAUUCUAUGUUAGCAGCAUUGCUCAUGAAGGAUCAUCGUGGGUUUGUUUAUUUUACAGACAUGUUGGUAGCUGGUUUCUGAUGUGACGGUUAUUUUGAUCUUUCUGUUUGUAUGUUUGAAAGAAUGCCAAUCAAAUAUGACUGUUCUGCAGAAAGUCUUGGACCUAAAUAUGCCCCUGUUACAUCAUGACUUUAAAAGAACUUACUUGCAAAGCUUGUGUAACCACCUUUCCACUGUAUGCCACCUGAAGAGCAGCAACGUACUGUUGGUGAAGUCAGAAUCACUGAUGAGCCUAUUUUGUUUAAAAAAAGCCAAAUUUCCGACUUGACAAUGUGCAAAUGUUUGUUGCCAGUUGUCAGUUUUGCAGAGUUCUUUGACACACUGCAAGCCUUGUGCCCUCCUAAUGUUGCCCAUCGGUCUGCGUGCGAUUUCCUGUUGUGUUCUUUUUCUGUACUCAAUUUCAAAUGUCUACUUUGGUGGUAAUGUCUGACUUAGUUAUACACAUUUACAGCAUUAAACACAGUUUUAAGCAUCUCUCUACUAGGUUUUAGGAAGCCUCUUUCUUUGAAGUCCUGUGCGGUCAUUUUCCCAUGAGUGAUGUGAAGGGCAAGCAAAAGACAACAUCGUAUUUCUGUGUGCGGGAUUUUGGUAUUUUAAGACCCAAAACAUGUAAGUGGAGGGGUCAGGUGGAGGAAAACAUCUGCUUGUUUAAAACUGGUGAACUACUUUUAAUGCCUCAGUCACUCAAAAUUGAUCUCACUGAAAACAAAACGCACAGAGGCAAGGAUAAGAAUGCAUGUUGAUUAAAUAUGAUUCUCCUGCCACAAUAGGACAUUUUAAAAUAAUUUGUCAUUGAACCCAUUUUCUCUGUUUUCAGUUUGUCUAUUCUGCUUUGUGUGGGAGACCUCUGUAGAGAAUCUGUCCUGCCUUAUGUUGGAAAUAUUUCAAUGUCUCUUCCAAUUCCAGAUUAGCUCUGAAGUAAAUUUCUAAACUGGUUCGCCCUGUUUUAUCCCUAAGCAACUUGCCCGUUCAUAAACAACCAUGAAAGGA